GCCUGUUACCAACCCAGCGGGUGCAAAUUGGGCUGCUGACUCAUGCGGCGGCGCGCAGCGGCUUGGAGCCCCAAACCAGCAGGUAUUGGGCGCGCUGCUGCUGAUUGGCGGAACAGCCGGCCCUCCUCGUCAGCCCGCUUCUUAAUCAGCUUGGUUGCCUCGCCUGGAGGUGACCCACUUGUAACACUCUGGCCGGGGCAGCCAGCCGUCGCCUUGCAGAGCACCGAGCGGCGGGGCAGAAAAGUAAGCGCGGCUAACGGUGGGAGAGGCUCUCUCGGCCGGUUGCCUUGUUCGCCCUGAUGGUGGCGACGGGCUCUGCCGCGGCGGAGCGGGAAAACUUUGGAAAGGGAGCUGGGUUGCUCAGCCGGGAUCCCGCCGUGCUGGGAGAAGAGCGAUCUGGCUACAGAGUUGCCGCGAGGCUUUAGUGGCCGCCGGUCGUGGAGAGCCCUGCGAGUUGCUCCGCUUUCCUCUGGCCCGAUGCAAGCCAGUCGCCGCCCUGGCUCCGACAUGGAGUGGGGCAGCCUCGGUCUUGACUCCUCUCCUCCAGCCAACUCCAGAAAGAUGUGACUCGACUCGGCCCGCACGGCUCCGCCGCUCUUCCGACAAGGGCUGGAUGGCGGUGGGGAGCCCAUGAAGCUGCCCUUUGGUCGGCAGGAGGGAAGGGCCUUUCCGCGGGACUCGGGUCCUUCGGGAGAUGGUGGCGGCGAUGAUGGGGGCCAACGGCACCGCCGACGUCUCCAAUGACACCUUGCCCUUUCGGGAAGGGGAUCGGGACUACAACUUCGCCGCCUUGGUCUUGGGGAUCUUCCUGAUCCUCUUUAUCAUCAGUGGGAACCUGCUGGUGUGCCUCAGCGUUUGCACAGAGAAAGCGCUGAAGACCACCACCAACUACUUCAUAGUCAGCUUAGCCGUGGCGGACCUACUCUUGGCCAUCCUGGUGUUACCUCUCUAUGUCUUUUCAGAGUUCCAGGGAGGUGUGUGGUCAUUGAGCACAGUCCUGUGUGAUGCCUUGAUGACAAUGGAUGUGAUGCUGUGCACAGCCUCCAUUUUCAAUCUCUGUGCAAUCAGUGUGGAUCGGUUCAUUGCUGUCUCCAUUCCACUGAACUACAACCGGCGGCAAAUUGACCUGCGGCAACUGAUCCUGAUCUCCACCACCUGGAUCUUUGCUUUUGCUGUGGCUUGCCCAGUCAUUUUUGGUCUCAACAAUGUUCCUGAUCGGGACCCUACUUUGUGUCAGUUGGAGGAUAACAACUAUGUUGUGUAUUCUUCCAUUUGCUCCUUCUUCAUUCCUUGCCCUGUCAUGCUGGUCCUCUACUGCGCCAUGUUCCAUGGACUCAGGCGCUGGGAAGAGGCCCGAAAGGCCAAGUUGAAGAGCAGUAUUUACUUGGGCAACAGGAAGCUGUAUUAUCCACCUCCUGUUAUUGAGAGGAACCAUGUUGAAAUCAAGCUGGAGGAACAUAACCUGUAUGCUCACUCUGAAUGUGCUUUUCCCAGGGAUUAUGUGAACAAUGGCAUUCAGACUGUGUCCUAUCCACACCUCAGAUUUCCACCACCUACAGGACUCAAAAGGAAAAGAGCUAAAAUCAAUGGCAGGGAAAGAAAAGCCAUGAAAGUGCUGCCAGUUGUGGUUGGUGCUUUUCUCUUCUGCUGGACUCCUUUCUUUGUGGUCCAUAUUACCAGAGCUCUUUGUGAGACUUGCUUCAUCCCUGGCGAGGUCACCAGUGUUGUCACAUGGCUGGGCUAUGUCAACAGCGCUCUCAACCCUAUCAUUUACACUAUCUUCAACACUGAGUUUCGGAACUACUUCCGCAAAGUUUUGCACAUUUUUUGCUAAUGCUAAAAAUAAAAAUGGACUGUGAAUUUAGAACAGAGUGUACUAUAAAGUGCAAAGAGACAAAUUAAUUUCUUUGCAUAGUUUAUUAAAGUUCUAUUUCUUUUUA